GUGGAUUGACUGAUGACGUCAUCGAUUGAGUAGUCAUUUGUUUACAAAGCAAUCGCUGUUUGCAUUGAAAUGAGUGUUCAAUUGGACGCCAAUUGACUGGAAAUGUGUUUCCAAACCACAGAUCGCUUGUGAAUGCAUCCAAUGAUCGCCACAAUCAUCGCAAGUGUUGUUGCAGUCGUUAUAAUCAGUUGUAAUCACUUGUAAUCACUUAUCGCUAUAUACGAGACAAUUGUUUGUUUUCAUUUGAAGCGACAAUUAUUUUCACUACAAAUCACAUGUUUUUCGUAACAAAACUAUUUUCAAAUCACUUUUCAUAUCGAAAUAAGAGUUCAAAUAUUUUCCACUCAUUCAGUGAUUGUAAUCAAAGACUACGAGUCAUCACAAGUCUACCACCGAUUAAGUCUACCACCGAUUGAAUGCAUUAUCACUUAUAAUAUGUUAAACCGAUUCAAAAGCGCUUUCAAUAAUGUGAUCAACAAUUUGGAGGCCAACCCGGGGCUCACGAACGGCGCGACGGGAACGGGAGGUGCGGGCGAUGGACACCAUCAUCAGCACCACAGGAGUCAGUCGUCGGAUCCGUCGCAACAGAACCUCAAGUUUCGAUACACGCGACCGGAGUUCCUGUUACUCCAGUCCGACGAUGAGAUUCAGGUGUCGGCCGACCAUAUCAUGCGGCCCAUUAUAGUGCCGCGAGAUAUCACUAAACUUCCGUUCAAUUCCGGUUAUGCAGAAACCAUAAAUGCGGGUAAAAGUGUGCGCAACGAAGACCACGCGUGUGUCUAUCGGUCCACUCUUAGGGCCUAUAUUAUCGAUGAGAGUAUAACGAGUAAAGUGUCGGAUAUGAUGCCAACGGUUCCGGGAUAUCCGCAUCAGAUACCCGUCGGCGCCAAAAGAGUUUUCCCUCAAAAGGCUUCCGAAAAACCCAUUGAAACUAAUGAACAGAACGGUUCCCAAGAGAAAAGUGAUAAUAAGAAUGACGCGAAACAAGUGAACGGCACUGAAGGUGAGGAACAGUCUUCGAAUACCACAACCAAAGAGUCGGUCACAACCGGUGAUACACAAGCACUGCCUUUAACCGAGUCAACAGUCGGACCCAAUUUGGAUGACUUGAUGUCACCGACGACUCCCAUUCCUCUGGAAAUACGUCUGUCAGAAGCGGCCGCAGAGACCGUGGAGUCGGCGUAUACCACACCCGAAACAUCACCGCAAAGGACUGUUAAGUCCAACAAAGAAGAGUCGCUUCCAUGGCUUUACUUCGCUGUGUUUGACGGACACGCGGGGUCGGGCGUUGCGGUCGCCGUCUCCAACACUUUACAUAAGAUAAUCGAAGAAAAGCUGCAAUCAAUCGCUGAUCUCUUAAUCAGAUUCGGUCUCAAUAGUGAUGAUAAUAGCAAUGGAGAGUCGAGUGCAGGCAAUGGAAACGAUUUGGAGUCGAAGCUAUUGAACGGAAGUGUUGUCAUCAAUCAGGACAACCAUUUGGACAGAGAUAACAUUGCAUUACUAUUCCAUCCAUCGACUGAUAAGAUGAUAACAGUUGACAAUCUAAUAACCGGUGCUCUCGAGUCGGCCUUUUGGCAAAUGGAUACUAUGAUCGCCAAAGACAAACGGGUUUAUCGUAUGUCUGGCGGUUGUACUGCUUGUAUCGGUGUAUUUAUUUUAGGCAAACUAUACGUGGCUAACGCUGGCGACAGCAGAGCAAUCAUAUGUAAGGGUAAUGAUGUGAUUCCCAUGUCAUUUGACUUCACACCAGAGUCAGAGAGGGAACGCAUUAAAUAUUUGGGUCUCCUAAAGCCGGAACUGCUUGGAAACGAUUUCACGCAUUUAGAGUUUGUUCGCAGACCUGCCCGAAGAGAUUUGGGAAAGAAGUUGCUCUACAGAGACGCCUUUAUGACCGGAUGGUCUUAUAAGACGAUUACUAUCGAAGACCUUAAGUUUCCGCUCAUUUAUGGCGAAGGAAAACGAAGCCGAGUGUUGGCUACGAUAGGAGUGACGCGAGGCUUCGGUGACCACGAAUUAAAGGCCCAAAACAGUGACGUCGACAUCAAACCAUUCCUGACGGCACAGCCGGAGGUUCGCAUUUAUGAUGUGGAAAACGAUGAGAAUAUCACUGAUGGAGACGUUCUGGUGAUCGGAACCGAUGGCUUGUGGGACAUCACGACCAAUGAGAGCGCAGCCGAUGUCAUACAAAAGUCAUUGGAUGUCUUCCCUGCAAACGAUGUUCAGCGAUACAAAUACCGAUACAUAUCCGCCGCACAAGACUUAGUGAUGCAUUCCAGGGGAAAGUCACGCGAGAGGGGAAGGGGUUGGAAGACAGCGGACAAUAAGACGGCGACCAUCGAUGACAUCAGUGUUUUCGUCAUUCCAUUGAAACCAUACAAAGAAGAGUACAUUAACUGGAAAUCUGCUCGAAAUCUGGUCACUGAACAGGAGUGCAGUGAUCGGUAACUCAAACCCCAAACCAUACGUUUGUUUUGUUUCAAUAAAUUGAAUCCAAAUACUGUAUAUUAAAUUUAAUGUUUAAAUCAGAUUUUAUAACAAAACUCUUACAAACAACAAAAUACAAAGUGUAAC